AUGUCGCAUCGGAACUUCCGGCCCUCUGCGAGGGCAGCCUGGGUGCUCGAGUCUCGGACCCCGAGGAGGAGGAAAGAGCGUAGCAGGCACCUGACUCCCCAAGCUCCCCUCGUCAGUGGCGCGGGCGCAGGCUUUACGGUUGGGGCCGCCGCAGAGGAAGCCCAGUCUGGAGCCGCGUCUGCACCCUCCACAGCCGCCCGUCCCCUUUUCAUCCUCUCGGUGCGGACCCCAGGGCAGCCUGGCGGCGCCUGGAGACUGCUGCUGAGCCGCCUGGGCGAUGACGUGCUGGCCCACUUACUGUCGCGCUGUGCGCUCUACCAGCUGGUGGCGCCCAGCUGUGCCUACCAGGUGUGCGGGCAGCCGCUGCACGAGCUUAGCCCCCCCACAGCGUCCCUGCGCCGCGCGCCCUGUCCCCGGUCGGUUCUCGGGUCCCUGCGCCGUGUCCCCACCUGCAGCGUAGGCACCGGUCCGAUCCCGCCGAAAAAGGCCAGGCGCGGCCCCGCCGGAACCGGCCAGCCGCGCGUUGUGCAGCUCCGAGCCGCGUCCGUCGAGGGCGAGCCGUCCCCUUCGAGGAGCAAAAACACUGCGGGGCCCCGUGAGGCCGCCGAGACCAAGCGCUUCCUCUGCUCGCGGUUGGGCGGCGGCGCGGAGCGGAUGCGCCCCUCCUUCGUGCUCAGCGCGCUGCCCCCCAACAUGACCGGGGCGCGCAGGCUCGUGGAGGCCGUGUUCCUGGGCUCACCGCCCGCCAAACCCGGGCCACCACGUCGCUCUCGCGCGCGCCGCCUGGCUCCGCGCUACUGGCGGAUGCGACCCCUGUUCCGUGAGCUGCUCGCCAACCACGCGCGGUGCCCCUAUGGCGCGCUGCUCCACGUGCACUGCCCGCUGCGAGUCACGGCCAACCCGGAUGGGGACGCGGGCGCGCAGCGCUUGGCUCAGCUGCUGCGUGCGCACUGCAGCGCUUGGCAGGUGUACGCCUUCCUGCGAGCCUGCUUGCACCGCCUGGUGCCCGCUGGCCUCUGGGGCUCCAGGCGGAAUGAGCGCCGCUUCCUGCGGUGCACGAAGAGGUUCCUCUCCCUGGGCAAGCAUGGGAAGCUGUCUCUGCGGGAGCUCACGUGGAAGGUGAAAGUGCAGGACUGUGCGUGGCUGCGGGCGAGCCCAGGGGGCGCCUGUGUCCCUGCCUCAGAGCACCGCCUGCGGGAGCGGCUCCUGGCCACCUUUCUGUUCUGGCUAAUGGACACGUGUGUGGUCGAGCUGCUCAGGUCCUUCUUCUACAUCACGGAGACCACGUUCCAGAGGAACAGGCUCUUCUUCUACCGCAGGAGCCUGUGGAGGGAGCUGCAGAGCAUCGGGGUCAGGCAGCACUUUGAGAGGGUGCAGCUGCGGGAGCUAUCAACUGUGGAGCUCAGGCAGCACCGGGAGGCCCGGCCGGCCCUUCCCACGUCCAGGCUCCGCUUCGUCCCCAAGCUUAGCGGGCUCCGACCCAUCGUGAACACGGACUGUGUGGUGGGCACCAGAGCCUCCCGUGGGGAGAGGAAGGCCCAGCAGUUCACCCCGUGCAUCCGGACCCUGUUCAGCGUGCUGAAUUAUGAGCGGGUGAGGCGGCCCACACUCCUGGGCGCCUCUGUGCUGGGCCUGGAUGACACCUACAGGGCCUGGAGGGACUUCGUGUUGCGUGUGCGCGCCCAGGACCCCGCGCCCUUUCUGUACUUUGUCAAAGCAGACGUGUCCGGGGCAUAUGAUGCCCUCCCGCAGGACAAAGUCGCAGAGGUGGUGGCCAGUGUCCUCAGGCCCUGGGAGAACACGUACUGUGUCCGCCGCUACACUGUGGUGCAGAGCAGGGGACGCACACGCAGGGCUUUCCGGAGACACGUCUCCACCCUCUCCGACCUCCAGCCGUACAUGAGUCGCUUUGUGGAGUACCUGCAGGAGGAAUGCGGGCUGAGGGACGCCGUGGUCAUUGAGCAGAGCUGCUCUCUGGAUGAGACCGGCUGCAGCCUGUUCGGCUUCUUCCUGCGCUUCCUGCGAGGCAGCAUCCUGAGGAUCGGGGGUAGGUGCUACGUCCAGGGCCGGGGGAUCCCCCAGGGCUCCAUCCUGUCCACACUGCUCUGCAGCCUCUGCUACGGGGACAUGGAGAACGCGCUGUUCGCCGGGGUGCAGCGGGACGGGGUGCUCUUGCGCUUGGUGGAUGACUUCCUGUUGGUGACACCUCACCUGGCCCAGGCGAAAGCCUUCCUUGGGACCCUUGUCCGCGGAGUCCCAGAGUACGGCUGCACACUGAACCUGCAGAAGACGCUGGUGAACUUCCCCGUGGAGGACGGCGUCCUGGACGGCCCCGCCCCGCUGCAGCUGCCUGCGCACUGCCUGUUCCCCUGGUGUGGCCUGCUGCUGGACACGAGGACACUGGAGGUGCGCUGCGACUAUGCCAGUUACGCCCGGACGUCCAUCAGGGCCAGCCUCACCUUCGACCGAGGCGUCAGGGCAGGGUGGAGCAUGCGCCGCAAGCUGCUGGCCGUCCUGCGGCUGAAGUGCCACGCUCUCUUCCUGGACCUGCAGGUGAACAGCCUGCAGACGGUGCUCAUCAACAUCCACAAGAUAUUCCUGCUGCAGGCCUACAGGUUCCACGCCUGUGUGCUGCAGCUGCCGUUCCACCAGCCAGUGUGCAAGAACCCCUCCUUCUUCCUCCGCAUCAUCUCUGACUCGGUGUCCUGCUGCUACUCCAUCCUGAAAGCCAAGAACACAGGGCUGUCUCUGGGGGCCAAGGGCGCCGCUGGCCCGUUUCCCUCUGAAGCUGCCCAGUGGCUCUGCCAGCAGGCCUUCCUGCUCAAGCUGGGCCGUCACCGUGCCACCUACAGGUGUCUGCUCGGCCCACUCAGGACAGCCCAGACGUGGCUGCGUGGGAAGCUCCCCAAGGUCAUGAUGGUGGCCCUGGAGGCCGCAACCGACCCCGCCCUGACCAUGGACUUCAAGACCAUCCUGGACUGAGGCCAGCACUCCUCCACCCUUAUCCGGACCGUCUUGGGUGGAGCCUGCCCGCCCGAAGCUCUGUGGAACUCCUGAGGCUGCUGGGCCGCCAGCAGGGGGUCUGGCGCCUCCCAUGGUGGGGUUGCUGCUCUAUGUCCUCCGGAAGUGCAGUUCCCCAGGCCUGGGUCGCCUUUGGUGCUGACCAUGGGAUGCAGGCGGGCUCCCGCUGUGGGUUUGGGGCAGAGCAUCCGCACCAGCCAGCGUCUGCAGGAGCGCUGCUGCACAUGGCUGGGGGCUGUGGCCAGCAGCACCGCCUUAUGCUGUGCUGCCAGGGUACAGCACCAUCCCAGACUCCAGGGCUGCUUCUGAGCCCCAGCCUAGCGCAGUGGUGCAGAACCAUGGCAGGUGAGCUGCAUCUUUGAAAGCCCUAGAAGCUUCCCUGUUGCGGCCUAGGCUGUCCCCGCUCCCUGGCUUUUGUCUCCAGCGCAGUGCUUUGAGGGGCGGCAGUGGCAAUGGAGGUUAUGGACACAUGGGCUGGCGGUGCGCUACUGCCCCUUGUCUGGCCCUGACCUCCAUCUGUGCGCCUGGGCGAGUAGGGGAACGCACCCUGUGCCGUCAGGGGGCAGUCAGGGUCCUGGCUGUGCGUCCCCGGCUGUGCCUGUUCCUCUGUUGUCCCCGAGCGCUGAGUGCUAUGGCCUUGUUUGUCCAUCUUGCAGGCUGCAUGGAGCACUGGCCAGGGCACAGCACUGCCUUGGGUGCAAGGCUGGGCACGGGGAGGGCCUGUCAGCUGGCGGGCUGUUCACAUCACAGGUGGAGGGGUGUGCAGGGGCAGGGUGUUGGGGACAGCCAGGUGGUGGUGUGGCCCCAGGGCAGGCAAGGUGGGGCUCUUGCCUCACACAUGGGGAACAGUGGUGAGAGAAUACAGGGAGGCAGGGCUGUACCUGGGGGCCCCUGGCUUUGGGGGAUCCUCCUGAGGACCAGGAAGGGAGUAGAAAGCCCCCCUUGGGCUCACUGAGGUGUGGCUGCUCCUGACCAGCCAGCAGCGCAGGGCCGGCUCUCGAUGGCCUGGCUGUGGAGUGAGGUGGGCUCUGCAGCCUGGGUGGGGCCUGGGAAUCCCGUUUUGACAGGUUCUUUGUGACAUUGGUGGCCCUGGUGGGGCUCCAUGUGGCCCAGGAGUAGAGCAGUAGCAGGCACUGUCCAGUCAGCUCUGGAGCCUGAUGGUGGGUGGGGCUGCAAAGGACACGACUGUGGACCCACAACCGCGGACAGGUUCAGCUGUCUCAUCCUGCCUGGGACGGGGAAGGCUCCCUCCCACAGCCUCCAGGAACCGGGAAGGCCUGACCUGGUGCCUAUGUCACACCUCCCAGAAGGGGCUGUUCUGGUGGCUCCUGGGACGUCACCAAUGGCCCAAUUGCCCCUUGGGCAGGGCUUCCAGCUGAUGCCACAUGGAGAGCUUCCUGCCAGGGCUUAUGACAGCUGGGUAUGGCCCUGUUUGUCAAUGUCCCUGCCAGUGCGUCCUGUGAAUGUAGUCAGGGCCCAGGUUCCCCACAUGGCGGUGAGCGCCAGGCCCUGGGCAGAGCAACCGCAGCUCAGGACAGAACAACACGGGAUCCUGGAGCAGGCACACCCAACUGGACAGCGGAUCGAGACUGUCCUCCCUUCUGCAGGGCCCAGCACCAUUUCCCCAGCUGGGCACAUUUUUCUUCAGCCUCACCCAGAAGCCCUCAUUCUGGCCAAAUUACUGAGCUUGCAGUGCCCGCGCGUCCUUGGUAGGGCCCAGCUUACCCGGCAUCCUCUCCGAGUCCUGUCUUAACCUGCUAGGCUGGGCUGUGUCUCGGGGGCCACUUGCCUCAAUGCCCAGGACAGCAGAAAGCAAAAGUAAAACCUGGAGAUAGCCCAACUUCCUCAGGA